AUGUCAAGUCAGUCAGAUGAGGAGAACGAGGUCCAUCCUCUUGUAUCGAAUUUACUAGGCCAGAAUUUUAUUCCUCGGACCGGUUAUGUGUUACGCUAUGAUAGAGAGGAGAUGAUGCAUUUGUCUACUGCCCCACUUAGCAUGAAACGUCCUGAUAACCUUUCAGUCGAUUUUAAUGGAGACGAUGGGAAGUUUUCUCCAUCCAAAUGGUUGGAGCAUCGGUGGGAAGUGGAAGGGAUUAAGAACCGAGCACCUACUAAGAAGCUUCAGGAAGCUCUAUCUGCUGGAGCAGUGGACGACAAUGCUGGUUUGUCACCACAACGUCGAGGAUUUUCCGGUGGCUGUCGUGCGCCAGCAGACGAUAAGGGGAAAGACGGGUUGCCAAGUGGUAGUGGUUUGGGUAGUGAGAGUGCUUGGACUGGUGUGGAAAAGGAACGGGAUCGCCUUAGCUCCACUAACUCAAAAAGUUGGCGAAGCGGUUCCAAUGGAAAUGCUGAGAAAUACUUUAGCAAGGGAGGCGACUUCAAACUUCCCUUCCAGAAAUCUAUUGGUGCUAACACUCGUGGUACUUCUAAUUCUGUUGGUUCAUGGCGUACGGAAAUGAAAGAUCGAGGACCUCUCUUGGGCACUGGGAAAUACACGCAAGGCAGAAUUCAACGAAAGGUUAAUGGCACGAAGACGCAGCAAGAGAAUCUUGCUUCUCAUACUUAUAGUGAUGAACGAGAUCGUGGAGAGCGAAUACCAGAAUGGGCUGAUGGAUCGACAACCAUGGAUGACAUGAUAGAGUUGCGCGGAUUUGAAGAACCCAUCAAGAAGAGCAAAAGGGGAACGUCAAGUCGUAAGGACGAAAAAGAAAAAGAAAGAGAGAAGGAUAAGAAAGUAGAUACUCGAAAAGGGUCACUUGAGAAUGGAAAGCUUGAUCAUCAUCAUGUGUCGGAAAAUGAUGAGACUGCUCCUCCUCCACGACCUUUAGGAAGUGUAUUACCAGAAAGUGACGCUGAAUUAGCCGCUAUUUUGGGUUUACUUGACGUGCAGGAUGAGGGUGCGGAUACUUCUCUUCAAGACAUCCGUAACUCGCAGGAUGAUCCUCAGUCUGCAAACCCGUUAUUAGCAAAGAUUUUUGCGCAGACCCCUUCGUCUGCUUCUCAGAUUUCGCAAAACGUGCAGGGAAAUCCCUCAUUGCCACUACUAGGGGCGGGAUCUGCUGGAGUGCGCGCAAUGAGGCUAGAAGAUCUUGAAAAGGCCUUCAGUUCAAAGGACUCACGUAGUGGAUCAAUCGCUAAGGAAAGCUCAUUACAAGAUCCCAAUCAGGAGGCACACCUUUUGAGCAUAUUGCAAAACUUUGUCAAACAGGAAGAAACUCACCUUACCUCUGGUGUUCCUAACCUCCCGAAUCCUGCUCUCACUGCCCCUAUUGGUGGACUAUUUCAACCUGGUGGUUCACCAUUUCUUCCGCCUGUUCUUCCACCAGGAGCGCCAAUGUUACCACCUGCUCUGUUGGCUCGUAUGGCAGCUGAAAAUCCGACUCUUAUGCAGGCUCAUAUCCAGGCACACGUUCAUCAAGCAAUGGCCGCACAAUUGGCAGCAAAUGGAGGAGUAAAUGUUCCUCCUGUUCACAUGCACGAACAGGCGCGAGCAACUUUGUUGCGUCUUCAACAACAACAGCUCGUCGCUGCAGCAGCCGCUCAGGGGAAGUUGGGUAAGGUACGUCCACCAACGCAAAUGAUCCCUUCAUCUGUGCAACGUCAGAUGAAUAAAGGUAACAGCUCACAACACGAAGAAACAGUACAUCGUAAUGUAAGGGCUGAACAGGAAGGAAGUCCUCCUCACUUGGGUGAUGCAGAAGCUCUGGAGACUUUCGCUAGAAAUAAUGCUGAUUUGCUUAAAAAGAUGCAAAUGCAGCAUCAGUAUGCUGCAAUGAUGAAUGCUAUGCAAGGUGGUCUUCCUAUGGCUGCAUGGCGUCCUCCUCCGCCUACUAGCAACAGUGGUUUACCUCCGAAUCCUCAAGCUCAGGCCCAAUUGUUUUUGCAAAUGACACAAAUGCAACAACUUGCCCUUCAGCAGAGAAUUCGUGUGAAGCAGCAACAGCAGGCUGCUCUCGCAAAAAUUAUGCAACUGCAGGGGCAUCAACAAGCUGCUGCUGCAGCUGCUUCGAUGCAAGUGCCUAAUUUCUCCGAACAUAGUUCACAAAACUUCGGCGGCGGUUCGCCGUUCGGAGCCGCGGGCGAUCUUUCCGGUCCUAUCCAAAGUCCAUUAGAGAAGCUUCUAGCGGCUGCUGGUGUUCAGCCAGCACAAUUCACCGGUGCAAAUCACGAGAGCAACACUUCAUUUCAAGGAGCAUCUCAAGGUGUUGCGCAUGUAGGAGCUAGGAUGCCACCGCCUUCAGUGCGCCCCAUGAGUCUUGAAGAGUUGGAACGCAAACUGACCGAACAGACUAAGUGA